CUGGAAGUUGUGUAAUUUAUUGCAAUAAACUUUUAAUAUCUCUUCAUUAAAUAAAAAUGUCUUCACAAAGUGAGAAAAUUAAGUUCAUCAAGCAGUGUCUUAAACCAAUCAUUAAUCAAGAUGUUGCUGAUGACAUAGUUGAUUACAUAUUAACAUUUACACAUGAAGAAGAUUAUCAAGAUUUUAUGAAUAGUAUGGUUGAUCACAGUAAUCCUGAUCAUGUUAGGUUAUAUGAUCAAUUGAGAAACAAACUGUUUGGUACAAGUCCCAAAAAAACUAAACAGCAGAAUGCUAACAAUGGUCAAAAUAGUCAGAAGGCAAUUAUAAACAAUCAAGAAGCAACAGGUUCAUCCAACAACAAAGGAAAGAAAACCAAAUUUUCUAACUUUUACAAUCAUGAGAAUAAGUCAGGAAUUAGAAAAGGACGUCAUCCAUGUGAAUGUCAAGCAACAAAACAUGAACUAGUUAACAAUUGCACAAAAUGUGGAAGAAUUGUUUGUGAACAAGAAGGUUCUGGACCAUGCUUUUUCUGUCAACAUAUGGUCUGCACCAGAGCUGAAAUGGAGUUAUUAAACUCCAACUCAAAAGACUCAAGUAAACUCUACAAUCAUUUGAUGGAACAGAAAAUGAGCAAAGAGUGGAAGCGCGCCGUCGAAGAUCGUAACCGAUUGUUACAAGUUGAUCAAAUGGGAUCAGUACAGAAUCGAGUAUUUGAUGAUCAAAACGAUUACUUUGAUUUAAAUUCAAAGUGGGCGAGUGAGACUGAAAAGUCCGAAAAUAAGAAACGUUUCCAAUCAAAGUAUGAAUAUCUCCAUAAGUCUAAGAGAGAAUUCAAACUUGCGUUGGAUUUUGCUAGCCGUACUGUGGUCGUUGAAGAUACACAAGUAUCAAAUAAGAAGCACUUGUUGAAAGGUGUGAAUAAAUUGCUGGAUAACACCGAUAAGCGUUUUCCAAAGAACUUGUUCGAAGGUGAUAAGAGUCAGUUGAUCAAGCAAAUUGUGCAACUCAUGGAAGAUAGUAGUUUAACACAUCAAGGGAAAAGUGGUGCCAAUAAAGAUAAACAGAUAACUGAAGUUUCUGCUAAGAAGUUUGUGACUGCUAAUGAUGAAUUAUUAGAAUCAAUUGAUCAGGGAAUGUGUUUAAGCAUGCAUCAACCGUGGGCAAGUCUUUUAGUUGCUGGUAUUAAAAUACACGAAGGUCGUACAUGGAAAACUGAUCACCGAGGAAGAUUAUGGAUAGCUGCUGCUGCAAAAGAACCUGAAGAUGAAGAGAUUUUAGCAUGUGAAGAAAUGUACAGGGAGCUAUAUAAUGAUACAUCAAUUGAGUUCCCUAAGAAAUAUCCUACAAAAUGUCUACUUGGCUGUGUCAAUGUUGAUGAUUGCUUAGACCAAGAAACAUACCGAAAGAAAUAUGGUGAAGGUGGUGAAAGUAGCAGUCCAUAUGUUUUAAUUUGUUCAAGCCCUGUGAUAUUACCAAUGUUUUAUCCCAUGCAAGGACAACACAAAAUAUUUGCUUUAACCAAAGAGUUACACCGUACCGCGAAGGCAGCGUUAAUGUCAUCCAAAUGGAUAUAAAGAUGCAUACAACAGGUUAUAAAAUGCACCUGUAAAGAGGUUCUCAGCGGAAGCGGAGUGGGUAGCAAACGACGCACGAAACCUGUUGCUAACGCCAAGACGGUCAUAAAACAACCACCCUCAGUUUGGAAACCACU